AUGCCGGGCGCCAUGCGCGCCUGCGUCCUGCUGUUCGCGCUGCUCGCGUCGCUCGCGCUGGCGGCGGGCGCGGAGCCGGUGGCGGGCCCGGACGUGGUGCGGGAGAUUCAGCACAAGGUGGACGAGCGCACGGGGCGCGUGCUGCGAUACGAGCCCGGGCACGAGCCGUACCGCGAGGACGCUGGGAUGCACCAGGCCUGGAACCCGGCGCGGCUGAACCUGGCGGUGCAGCGCCAGGACAGGAAGGCCUCGGUGGUGUUUGGGGCUGAGGGCAUGGAGGAGAGCCUGAAGGAGGACGGGCGCGGGCGGCGGAUGGAGGAGCUGUCGAGCUCGGACAGAGUGGGCGUCUGGCUCAUCAUAUGGCACGAGGACGCCGCGCGCGAGGAAGCGGACGCGACGUGCAGGUACGUCGAGGACGAGCUGGGCGGCACGUGCAGCGUGGACUACUUCCUGGAGUCGGGGCUCGCGGGCCCGGUCAAGCAGGGGCAGCUCACCCUGCCAGCAAAGGCCGUGUCGCACGUGAGCGACAAGUUCGGCAGCACGGUCAAGGUGAUCCAGUUCGAGGAGUUCGCCUGA